GACGCGAGCCCGGAGGACCCCGUGGCGGGCGCCCGAGGGCCCGUCGCCGAGACCCCCGUGGUCUACACCCUCCGGACCCGUCGCGGGCGCGGAGCUGAAGCCGUAUCUGGCGGUCACCCCGGUCGCGUCCCUCGUGGUGCUCGGUUUGCUGCUGGCUGUAGUGGUAGCCUGUGCGAUUGUGUCCACGCUGCUGCUGUGGUGCACCCCGCGGAGUGGGCGCGCAUCAGGACCUACCCUGCCCAGCACAAGCUUAAGCAAGUGCACACCGCGCAGGCGCGGCGACCUGUGCUCGGAGCCCGAGUCCGAGUCGGUAGCCGGCCUGGCGUCGGUGGCCAGCCUGCGGCCGCCGACGUCGGUGGGCCACGCGGUGACGUUCGCGUCGGAGACGGCGGGGCGGACCGGCCGCGGCGACGCGGUGCACUCCCCCCUGCCGCUGGCCCCGCUCUGCCCCCAGCUGGUAGUGCCCGCCACGUCCAACCUGCGCGUGCUGCUGCCCGAGCUGGCCUGCCGCAUUCGGCAGGACGCCGUCCUCAACGUCUGCAGCGUGCCCGCGCUCGGCGGUCGUCCCCUGUUCCGGGCCCGCAUCGCCGAGUGCGCGCCCACGCCGGACGACGGCUGCGGCGUGUUCCUGGAGACGCUGUGCGGGGAGCACCACUUCGCCUUCGCCUCGACCUCCGAGCUGUGGGAUGGCCCGUCGACGGCCUCUCCGAUCGUCCCGAUCCUGCGGUCCAACGGGCUGCAGUUCGCGACCUUGCAGAAGAGCCACACGGGGGACUACAACGUCAUGUGCGGGUUGGGCAUCCUGGCGGUCUUCUCCGGGGACUUCUUGGCGCACGAGGCCCAGGUGACCAGCGGCCAGGGCCAGGUGAUGGCCCAGGUGCGGAGUGGGCCUGACGGCGGCUACGAGGUGACCACG